ACUUUUUCCUUUUUAAAGUCCCUAAACGAACACCAAAAUCAUGAUUGCAUCCAACAAGCUCGUGAACAUGGUUAGUAGGUGGAGAGAAUGGGCAGCUACAAGCAGGAAACGAAUUGCGGACACAAAAAGCUUUGAGAAAGGUCAUUUUGCGGUUUACACAAGCGAAGGAAAACGGUUUGUGGUUCCAUUGGCCUAUCUCAAUAAUCUUGUCAUGUUGGAAAUCUUUAGAAUGGCUGAAGAGGAAUAUGGAGUGGAUGGGAAUGGUCCAAUUGUGCUUCCCUUUGAUGGUGCCUUUAUGGAAUAUGCUAUUUCUUUGAUAAAAAGAUCAAACUCCGGUGAAGAUAUAGAGGAGAGGCUGAUCGUGAUGUCAAUGUUGCCCUGCGGUCGGUUAUGUUUAUCGUCUUCUUUGUUUGUCCAACAUGAUCAAACUGUCUGCAGCUUUUGAUUUUGUGUUGUUAAACCAGUUUUGUAAAUGGAAGAAAGUUUAGUUUAUCAAAAGAAAUCAUCAUAAU